AUGUGGCAAAAAGUUCUGUGCUAUUUAAUAAUAACCAUCAGCUUGGUUGAGGCCCAAGUGAAGGUGUCAGAUGAAAUUCUAAGCAGACUCAGGAACGAACUUGGCUAUGAGUCUAUACUUGUCCUACAAAACCCCGUAGCAUCCUGUGAGAUUAACUUGAACUUGACCUGGACUGUAACGCCCAUUAUCAACUUUGAUGAGAAGCAAAACUAUUCAAUUAAAUCGAUAUUCAACAGACGAUUUCUGACCCUGGCUUGCCUGAAUAAAGUCAACUCUGCGGUAUUAAAGACGUUGUUUAUAAAUCUGGACGGAAUGCGUAACACUGCAACAUUAAUUCUGGUUAAUAGAGCGGUUAGUCUGAGUGCUGUGCUCAAGAAAUGCUUCAAGAACAAAAUGCUCAAUGUUGUGGCUAUUGAAAAUUGGAAUCAGAAACAUAUAUACAGCUAUCGUGCAUUUCCUCGUUUUAAGCUCAUCAAACGAGAGAUUUCCAAAGUGAGACGCUACUUUGAGCCAAAGAUGAGAGAUAUGGCAGGUUAUCCCAUUAUGAGCAUGCCGGAUAAUGUAUUGCCUCGUAAUGUCUUCUAUAUGGACUCAAAGGGUAAACCUCAGUUAACCGGAUACCUCGUGUCAUUCCUAAACAACUUUGCCAGAACUUUGAAUGCAACUGUGAAGAUAACUUGGAAUUACGUUCCACUGGAUUCGCCUGAUGAGAUACUUGGAUGGGAAGUCAUGAGGUAUGUGUCGGAAGGAAUAGUGGAUAUACCUCUAUCAAUAGUAAAUAUUGGUGCAUCGACCGAUUGGAGACUCGUGAUAAGCAGCUAUGUUAUGGAAAUAUCAAAAUGGCAGCUAAUACUCCCCGUUGAACCCGAGAUUGAUAGUGCUUCGGAGAUAUUUGCCGCCGGAAAUCUCCGUAAUAUAUUUAUCGCCUUGAUUUUAAUGUUGCUGUUCGCCUUGUUGCUCGAUAAUAACCAUCGACUGGAUUUGGGAAAGACUCCAAGUAUAUGGUGCUUAAUUCAGUUCAUCGAUCCAGUGCUAAGGGCCAUGCUAUAUCAGACCUGUGUCCUUCCAAGAAAACCCUCCCAAAGACUUAUUCGCAUCUAUAUUUUGCUAUUUAUGUUCAGUUUCCUAUCUUAUAACAUCUACAUUGCCCAGCUGGAGAUGAUGCUUGUGCAUCCAACCAGAGAGCCUCCCAUACGCAACUACCAGGAUAUGCAGAGAAUGGGCUUAAAGAUCCUCUUGUCACCCAAUGAAAAAAGUCAAAUAAUGUCAAUCCUUGGCGACCAGGAUCGGAUUGAUUUCUGGAGUAUCUUUCAAAUGGUCAACCGAUCAGAAUUCCAGGCAAUACGCAGACAGUCUAAUACCUCCUAUGCCUAUCCAAUAACCCAGACUUUAUGGCCUCUAAUCCAACACAAGUUCAUCAAGCAACCUCGAAAAGCCUUUCGCCUCUCCCAGGAUUUUAUCUAUCUUCAUUUUGUGCCCUUUGGUAUGCCUCUUCCCAAGAACUCGAUCUACGAAGGGGCUCUUAACCGAUAUAUACUAAACACUCAGUGCAGUGGCCUGUACGCUCUCUGGUUUCGACAGACUUUUCAGAAAUUAGUGAAAAUUGGCAAAAUGGAAGUUCUACCUUAUCAGAGUGUAAAGGAUUAUUACCACAUAUUGCGCUUCAGGGAUUUUUUAUCCGUUUGGAUAUUUUACGGCUGUCAUCUUGUAAUCUCUAUCAUAACUUUUUUAAUGGAACUCGGGCUGGCCUAUUUGAAGCGUCGGGAAUGCUUUAUAAGUAUAAAUAUAAGCAAGCCUGCAAACUAG